AUGAGCUUCUUCAACAACGCUGCGAACAACACUGGCAAUGCGCCCGGCGCUACACAAGGCGGUGGCCUCUUUGGAAAUGCAGCCGGAAGUACCACGGGCAAUGCAGGCGGUUCCAACAUAUUCGGUGGUGGCAGCGCGUUCGGAGGCAAGUCACCCAAACCUGCGGGUGGAGGGGGUAUCUUUGCUGGGGGUACAACUACGGGAGCAGGCGGGGGAGGGUUGUUCGGCGGAGGUAACGCGCCAGGACCUUCGAACAACGCGGGCGGUGGCUUGUUCGGGGGAGGCGGCGCGGCUGCAGCGACACCUGCGGCACCUGCAGGCGGUCUCUUUGGCGGCGGAAAUGCUGCGAACCCAGCGGGAGGUUUCUUCUCGAACGCAGGGGCUGCCGCCACACCAACCACGGGGGGCGGUCUCUUUGGCGGAGGCAACAAUAACGCGGCUCCUGCAGCCCCAGCACAGGCCGGAACGGGUCUGUUUGGGAACUCCUCCUCGACUACAACAGGAGCGGCCGCCCCUGCUGCCGGAGGACUAUUUGGGAACGCUUCUUCGAACACGACUGGAGCAGCCGCUCCUGCUGCUGGAGGACUGUUUGGGAAGCCGGCUACACCAACAACAGAAGCACCGAAACUGAACCUAUUUGGGCAACCAAGUACCGCCGCUUCUGGUUCGACAACGACAACGAACGCCGCACCCACCGGCGGCUUGUUCGGCGCCCCGAAACUAGCGGAGACGCCAGCGCCUGCUGUUGGGGCGGCUGCGGGGACAGCAGGCGCAACACCCGCGGCAGGUGGAGGUCUUUUCAGCGGCGGCUUGUUCGGCAAGAAACCAGACGCGCCUGCAAGCACGACAACGCCGGCAGCAGGCGGAAGCACAACAUCUCCAUUCGCUGGCUUUAGCUUAGGCGGCAACAAAGACGCCAGUGCUUCAAAAGAUGCUGCGCCCGCAGCUCCUACUCUCGGCGGUGGAUUAUUCGGCAGCGCUGCUGCGAACAAGGACGCUACAACAGAGAAGAAGGACGGAGCUCCCGCUGCGCCCGCGUUCAACCUUUUCGGCGCCGCAAAACCUGCAGACGCCGACAAGAAAGAUGCCACUACCUCAGCAGCUGGUGCAAAGGAAGGUGAGAAGAAAGACGCUGCAGCACCGGCAGCACCAGGUGCUUCGGCCCCGGCCAGCAACGCUCCCCCAUCUGUGUCUGUCCAGCCACCUUCAAUACUGCGGGGGAAAACUAUCGAAGAAAUCGUCAACCGAUGGUCGACCGAACUGGAGGCCCACGUUCGCGAUUUCCACACUUUCGCCAGCGAGGUGGCGGUCUGGGACAAGUCGCUGAUCGAGAACAGCAACAACCUGGCCGCACUGUACGGCAUGGUGCUUGCGGCUGAAAGAGAACAAAACGAGAUCGACCAAGCGCUUGACCAUAUAGAGCAACAGCAGAACGAUCUCUCAGCAACGUUGGAGCAUUACGAGAAAUCUGCGCAAGAGAUACUCGGCGGCCACGGUGGCAGCCUCCGGGCACUAGACACUGGGCCCGCUGACACCGAACGCGAUAAGAACUACGUGCUCGCGACAGAGCUCCAUACGCACAUGGAGGACCUCUCCGAGACUCUGACGAACAUGAUCGACACGGUCAACAGCUUGACUAGCCCGUCAUCUGACAGCAAGGAAGCUCAGAACGGAGCGAGCGACGACCCCAUGGCCCAGAUCGUGCAAAUACUAAGCAGCCAUCUAGAAAGCUUGCAGUGGAUAGACGGCGCGGUCAAGGAGAUGGAGGGCAAAGUCACCGACGUGGAGAAACGGCUGAAGGAGGCUGGAGGGCCUGGUGUAGGAUCUGGGGGUCGCAGGGGAUACGGGCUCAACCGAUAAUUGGAUUCGGAGUCCAUGUUGUGCUCGGUGUCAGUGUGCGAUGUCUUGUGUCUGUAUCAAGUUG